AUGAUCGAAGAGGCUACCUUCGCGCGACAGAAUGUUGCACGUCUGAUGGGAGAGGAUAAACUAGAGAGAAAAUUUCAUGUUUCCAACCCGACGGUGGCCUCGCUCUACUGCUUGCCGAAAAUCCACAAAGACCCAGUGGGAAUGCGGCCUAUUUCAUCCAACAUUCGUACACCAACCGAAAAGAUGGCAGCUUGGCUGGUGGACGAAAUGAGAAAAUACCCAAUAAAGCAUGGCAAAAGUGUGAAAAAUUCUGUGGAGUUAGUCGAGCAGUUAGAAGGGUUUGAGUUGAGACGUGGGGAAAUCCUGGUAUCGUUUGAUGUAGCAGCACUUUUUCCAAGCGUACCAGUUCCAGACGCGUUAAAAAGUUUACGCCAACACUUGGAACGUAGUCGUGCGCCACAACACCACGUUGAAGCUUACCUUCUAGUAGCAGAAAUAUGCAUGAAUCAGAAUUUCUUCAGCUUCAGGGGAAAAUACUGGAAACAGACCUUUGGGUUAAGUAUGGGAAGUAAACUGUCGCCGUUGUUAGCAAACCUCUUUAUGAGCGAUUUUGAAGACGACGCUCAGAAAGAAAAAUAUUUCCCACGUGUAUGGAAGCGCUAUGUAGACGACAUUUUCGCUCCGGUAAAAGAACGCUACCUGGACCAAACUUUGGAAAUGCUCAACUCUCGGCACAGCUCUAUAAAAUUCACAGUAGAGCGAGAGGAGAAUGGAAAGCUACCGUUUCUGGACCUAUUAAUAACCAGAAAAGAGGAUAGAACAUUGAAAUUCGGUAUCUACCGUAAACCGACAUCAACUGAUCGCUAUAUAACAUCGGAUUCGAACCACUUUGGCUGUCAAAAGCAGGCGGCCUUCCAUUCAAUGGCCCAUCGCCUGUAUAAUAUACCGAUGGAAAACGCAGAGUUUGCCGAAGAAAAAGAGCAUAUUCACAAAGCGGCCGAAGUAAAUGGCUACGAAGAAGGAUUCGUGAAUAAAAUCCUACAAACACACCGACGCAAACGACAUAGACGAAUGUCAACAACGCUGCAACCAGAACGAGAAGAAACCAAAAGAGUCAGCCUGCCGUUCUACCCAAAGAUUACCAACCCGAUCAAAGCAACACUGAAACGGCAAGGGCUUCAGGUUGUACAUAAAAGUGAAAACACAUUACGUGAUUUACUGUGCAAUUUGAAGGACAAGGUUCCUCCAGAUGAGAAUUCAGGCAUUUAUAGGAUACCUUGCCAAAAUUGCCCUUCAGUUUACAUUGGACAAACUCGCCGUAAGGUUAAAGUGCGCUUGAAAGAACACAAAGCUGCCGUCGAUAACGUAAAAAUAAGCGAAUCAAGUGUAGCCGCCCAUGCAAUCAGUUGUGACCACGUGAUCAAUUGGAAAGAAGCGAAAUUAAUUAAAAACGUUAGGAAAGCAUCUCAAUUGAAUGCAUGGGAGUCGUACUUCAUUAGCAAUUCACAGGAACGAUUAAUGAACGAAGACGAUCCCCCUGUUACAUCCUGCUUAUUCGGACUGACGAAACUGAGAGUGCAGUAA